CGUAAAGCGGUAGCGGAGGGUUGCCAUAGCGCCGCUAUGGAACGACACCGUAAAGCGGUAGCGGAGGGUUGCCAUGGCGCCGCGUCACAGUGACCAGAGCCGACCGACCUAAAGAGGGGCUCCAGGCGUGGAGUCUGCCAUGUCGCUGUGCCUUUCCCCUAGCUAGCUUUUAGUAGAUCUCCCCCCUAAAUAUAGAGGGCAGUAAAUGACCCAUAUCGUAAAUAGAUAGCUAAAGAGCCAUGGACAUAAUUCUGGCAUAAAUGCAGGGUUAAAUGUUACUAGGGUUACAGGCUUUGUUGUUGUUAGCUAGACUGCUAAUUUAGCUAACGUCGUUAGCUAUAUAACUAGCUAUUCAGAGCUAACGAGCGGUGCUGGGUUAGCAAGGCAAAUAGCUAGUUAUCUAGACUAGUCAGCGACCAAGUUGACCAAAAUAGAGACCAUUCCGCGAAAGGAGAGAAGUCACGGAGACGUCAAGGUUCAUCUAAAACGAGGUUAGAGCGUUGGACUAGUAAACGGAAGGUUGCAAGUUCAAACCCCCAAGCUGACGUUCUUCCCCUGAACAGGCAUUGAAAAAUCUCCUGUCAGAGGGACCACAUGGAUACGGAGAACAUGCCUCCCCCUUACGAGGACAACCGAGAUGUGGAGCGUCAGAGUCGUCAGUCCCGCAGCAGGAGCACGGCUGGGAAAGGUUCCGAGGCGUCGGUACCAACUCUGAAACGGGACAAGAGUCGGGACGGAGAAAGAGAUGAGAGGGACAGCUGUGCUGGGGACCAGGCUAAGACACGGACACAGGAAGUGGAUCCCGACCGGGACCGCAUGUCAGACAGAGAGCAUCGGAGGAGCAGCUCUUUCUACUCUGAGGACUACGAGAACCUAACACCCUCGGAACACACGCUGUCGCCCUACUCCCGUACGCCCUCCCCCAGCCCUCGCAGAAAGGGACCUCGCGCCAAGAGGGUCUCCAGCAGUCCUCUACACAAAACAGGCGUCCGUCGGGGUGUGUCUCGCCCUCCCCGCGUGGGUGCCCAGCCCCAGCGGGCUCAGCGUUGGGGGGUACGGACCGAGUCCCAGAGCCUGAUCAAGGACACCACGGCACCCCCUAAAGAUCUUGACCUGGUGACCAAGCGCAUGCUGUCGGCCCGUCUGUUGAAGAUCAACGAGUUACGCAACGCCCUGGCAGAGCUACAGCUCCACACCGACCAGAUAACUAAGGAGAACCGCAUCCUCAGACAGCUCCAGCACCGCCAGGAGAGGGCGCUGCAGCGAUACGACGACACGGAGAGUGAGAUCGCCCAGCUGCUGUCGCGCCACGCCAACGAGACCACAGCUCUGCGGGAACGUCUACGGCGGACACAGGAGAGGGAGCGGGACGCUGAGAGGCGACUCAAAGACACACAGGAGCAGCUGCAGCGUAGCCAGUCGUCCCUGGGUCGUCUGAGGCGUCUGGCAGAACAGCAGGAGUUAGGUCCCAGGGAGGAGCUCACCAGGAGACUGGAGCAGGAGAGGGCCAAGGACCAGGAGAACCAGCUAAAGAUCAAGGAUCUGGAGCGCAGAGUGGAACUGAGCAGCAGUAGUUACCAGAGACAGCUAGCUACAGAGAGGAGGAAGACCAUCAGUACCCAGGACCAGGUCUCAGACCUGCAGGAGGAGGUGGAACGACUCAGCAACAAACUGAAGGAGAAAGAGAGGGAACUGGACACUAGGAACAUCUAUGCCAACCGCUUGUUGAAACCAUCGCCCAGGAACACAGACAACACUACAAAGAGGAAAGGCCCCAGUAUGUCCAGCUCUAAGGCAGUACAGACAGUGAACGAGAACUUGAGUCUCGACUUCCCGUCACCUCCCCCGGCUGUCACCGAGGGCAACUAUCACUACAACGACCAAGCCCCCGAUGACUACCUGUCACUCAAGCCAGGUGUCUCUAGUACACCUUACAGCUCUAGGGAGGUUGACAUAGCAGAGCGAAGGCCAAAGGAGACUGAGGAGAGAAAGGAGAGAGGGGAGCGAGAGAGGGUACAGAAGGAGGGAGAGAGGGAGAAGCAGAGGAUUGACCUGGAGUUGGACACACUUGAGGAAAAGACCAAGAGACUGAGAGAUGUCUGGGAGAAAGAGGAGGAGGAGAGUAAGAGGCUGAUCCAUAAGGAGGAAGAGAACAGGAAGAGGCGUGGCCAAGUCCAGGAAGAGGUUGCGAGGCGGAACCAAGAGGCGCUAGCCAGUCAGGAAGUGGCGGAGGCAGAGCGUCGCAGGAAGGAGCAACUAUUGGCAAAGCUGAGGGAAAUUGACAAGCAGAACGAGCCACCCCAGAACGCUGGGCUAUUCUACGAGGUUGACCCAGAACCCCUGGAGUCUAGCUCAGGUUCCACUGCACGUUCUCCUCCACGGCUCUCCGACCCACGGAAUCAGAACCCUUCCAUCUACAGCUUCACUGAGCCGGAGGAGAUGGGCGGUCUGCGUGGGGGAGCGGGGAGCAAGGAGGGGGGCAAGUCAGGGCGAGGCGGGGCAGAGAGCGGUUUGGGUCCAGGAGCGGGGACUGGGAGGAGAGGGAUGAGGGCUCAGAACUCAAGCGAGGACCUGGCUUUCGGUAGCUACGCCCCGUCCUUUGGACGGCCGGCCCCACGAGGGGGUACAGGCUUCCCAACCCCACCGCCGCCCUCGGCUCUGGACGCUUUGCUGGGGCGGUCAGAGAGAGAGGAGAGAGGAGGACUAGGACCAGGCCCGGGAAAGGAGACAAAGUCUACUUUGUUGCAGCAGCUCUUUGGCCCCCCAUCCAGCCCCUCCCCGAUCUCCGACAGCCCCCCAGACGUCCUCCUUAACCCUCCCACUUCCACCCUCACCGGGCCCCGCAACUGCAGAGAGGGCUUUUUCCCCUUUGAGCCCAGGGCCCCAACAGGCCCCCUUGGACCCUUCCUUUCCUCCCUCCACGUGACCGAGAGCAGGCCGACCGUACGAGCUGUUGCUUCCUUCGACGACGACAUCGAGGAACUCAAACUUUGAUCAAAUCACUUUUUUAUUAAAAAAAAUAUAUAUUUGUCUGUUGAGUAGGAACUCGCGGUCUGAUUAGUCAACGAAGGAGGAAGUGACACUUGGAUUGGCCGUUGAGGCUGUUAAUCACUAUACUAAGGGUGGGACCCGGUGGUUGGGUUUUCACAGGGUUUUAAAAGCACUAAGUCGUAUUUGUUCUGCUAUCAGAUCAAUCUCAGCCUGGUUACGGACUGUUUUAUGUGAUAGAUCAAUGUGUCUCAGUGUGUGUGUCAAUACCAUGUGUGUAUGUUGCUCAGGAGAGUCUGUAAAAUCAGGGAAGAACGGCAGCAUUGUCAGACAGACUUAGGCUCCGCCUCAAAAUGGUGCCCUAAUGAAGACCGCUUAAACGUUGAAUGAUGCACAGAUGAAGCAGCUGUAAUGUUGACAGAUUUAUUGACGUUUGUUAUUGAAUUGUUGCGUCAGAGAUACAUUGUAUAUACAAAAGUAUGUGGACACCCCUUCAAAUUAAUGGAUUUCACUGUUUCAGCCACACCUGUUGCUGACAGAUGUAUAAAAUCGAGCACACAGCCAUGCGAUCUCCAUAGA